AUGACCCCCGACCUCAAGCUCAUGUCCCUGGCCGCUCAAGCUCGGGGCAGAGAGGACGAGACGGUCGGGAGGUCGCUAGGCAGAGACUUCGAGGAGCACCAGGAGGACAAGUCUCCACCACUGCGGGUGUAUGCAGGCAAGUGGCAGAUGGCAGGACAGCAGCUUCCUCCUGCUAGCAUCGGCGGCAUCACGCCAUCGGAGGACACUGACAUCUUCGCUAUGGCAACGCAGGAGUGCAUGGUUAACUGCGGUACCCUUCAGUCUUUUCUCCGUCCCAGUAAGGCCAAGUGGGAGCGACGAGUGAAAGCGAUCCUCGGGCCUGACUUCCGAAAGGUAGCGAGCUACACGCUCAACGCCAUGCACCUCGUGGUCUACGCGCGCAAGGAAAUCUUCAAGCAAGUAGUGCAAGUCAAGAUUCAUCACGUUGCGACAGGGUUCUUGGGUCUUGUUGGGAAUAAGGUGGAGGAGAGGAACGAAGAUUGGAGGAAGAUCGAGCGAGGGCUGACGAAACAGCUGCUGCUGCUCUCGUCCCAUCGUGGAGGUCUCGUCGAAUUGUCGACGACUCUUUAG